AUUAUAAAUAUCAAUGGCUACCCAGGAUUCUGAAAAAGUGCAGAAGGUUCUCUUGAUGGGAAGAGCGGGAAGUGGUAAAACUUCCAUGAGAUCGAUUAUAUUUGCCAAUUACCUGGCAAGAGAUACCUACAGAUUCACAUUCACAGUUGAUAUCAAUAGGUCAAGGGUUAGAUUCUUGGGUAAUCUCGUGCUUAGUUUGUGGGACUGCGGAGGUCAGGGACUGUUCAUGGAGCAAUAUUUCCAAAGCCAAAAAGAUCAGAUCUUCAAAAACGUAGAAGUCCUCAUCUAUGUCUUUGAAGUUGUCAGUAAAGAACCAGAUAAAGAUCUAGAAUAUUAUAAAAACUGUCUUGCUGCAUUAGAAGAUCUCUCUCAAGGAGCUAAAAUUUUCUGUAUGAUUCAUAAAAUGGAUUUGAUUGCUGACUCAAUGAGGGAUAAAGUUUUUGAACAAAAACAACAAGAGAUUAUUGACGUAUCUAAAGACUUCGAUGUGACAUGCUUCAGAACCUCCAUUUGGGACGAGACUUUGUAUAAAGCAUGGUCAGAUAUAGUCAAUAUUUUACUGCCAAAUGUACAGGACUUGAAAUCAAGCCUGAAAGACUUCUGUGAUGCUAAUAGUGCAGAUGAUGUUGUACUCUUCGAAAAGUACACAUUCUUGGUAAUUGCUAAUCAUGAUAAUAUUGGACAUAAAGACGAUCACAGAUUUGAGAAGAUUAGUAAUAUUAUCAAACAAUUCAAGUUGUCUUGCAUUAAGACAAACUUUCAGUUUGAGUCUAUGACCUUCAAAAACAGCUAUUUUACAGCUUUUGUUGAGGAGUUCACUAGUAGUACCUACAUCAUGGUUAUUUCUUCAGACCCAGAUGUUGAAACAGAAGCUAUUUCUUUCAAUAUAAAGGCUUCUAGAGACUACUUUGAGAACCUGGUGACUGAUUCACUAGGAAGUAGCUAAUAAAUAUUUGUUUUAUUCGCUAAAUUACAUGCU